GUGUACCGCAGCACAAGCCAGCUCGGCCCGAGAGAUGUCAAGCAUUUCUCCCAUUUUGCUCGGAAGAUCCACUCAAACUCAAGUUUAAAAAUGACGACGCCCCUUCAAUCCCGUCUUGCUCAGGUGCAAGGACAUGUUAAAGCCGCUGCUCAAGGCCGUGAUGUUCGUUUGGUCGCUGUGAGCAAAUUCCAUCCGGUUGAGUCGCUUAUGGAAGCAUACAAUGCCGGACAAAGACAUUUCGGAGAAAACUACAUGCAAGAGCUGCUGGCCAAGGCUCAGGUCAUGCCGAAGGAUGUUAACUGGCACUUUAUUGGGGCCAUGCAAUCGUCGAAAUGCAAGAAAAUUGCAUCGAUCGAGAAUUUGUGGUGCAUUGAAACAGUCGACACAGAGAAAAAGGCUCGGUUAAUCAACAGUGCUCGCGAAGAGCUGAACAAACCACUUCGUGUUUAUGUUCAGGUCAACACCAGCGGUGAAGACAACAAAAGCGGUGUUGCACCAGAAGACGCUCUUCCCUUGUGCAAAUUCAUCAAAGACAGCUGUAGUCAUUUGCAGUUGCAGGGAAUUAUGACUAUUGGUUCGUUCACAAACUCUCUCAAUGAGAAGACGAACCCGGAUUUUGAGAAACUCAUCCAACUUCGCAAACAACUCGAGAACGAUCUCUCGUGUAAGUUAGAAGUGUCUAUGGGUAUGAGUGCCGACUACGAAUUGGCUAUUCAGUAUGGCAGCGACAAUGUUCGUGUCGGCCGUACCAUUUUUGGCGAGCGUCCUGUCGAAAACCCUCAUCAAGAAAAACGUGUGACCGAGUCCCAGUAAACGCAGCGCGAAUCAUCGAGCAUACUUAAUAAAGUAUAAAACAAUGUUU